AUGCAAACACAAGUAUACGAGGGGCUGUGUCCAAAUUAUUUUACUGAACUACAGAGACAAGCUAGAAUCAAACUGCUUCUUUUGGACUUACUGGCUUUUCUUCUUACGGGUAUUAUGGCUAAUAACACAACACGUUUAGAGAUCCCAUGGCCAGAAAACUUUUGGGAUAAUCUUAUAACUGCCUUCACGGUCUCCAUGGCAAUCGGGCUGGUCCUCGGAGGGUGCGUUUGGGCGCUGCUGGUCUGCCUGUCGCGAAGAAGAAGAGCCAGCGCGCCCAUCUCGCAGUGGAGCUCCGGCCGCCGCUCGCGGGCCUCCCACGGCCACGGGCUCAGGACUGGCUUCUACCGCCACAGCGGCUGCGAGCGGCGCAGCAACCUCAGCCUGGCCAGCCUCACCUUCCAGCGCCAAGCCUCCAUGGAGCUGGCCAACUCCUUCCCGAGAAAGUCAAGCUUCAGGGGCUCGACUUUCCACCCGUUUCUGCAAUGUCCACCGCUCCACGUGGAAAUGGACAGUCAGCUGGUGACCCUGCCGGCGCCCAGCUCCUCCGCCUCGGUGGGCACCGUGCAUAGCCCGGCCCGGCCCGACCUCCACUGGGCCAGCCUGGCCCCGCCGCCCCCGCCGGCCUACGAUUCCAUCAUCAAGGCUUUUCCAGACUCCUGAGCAAGCUGUGUGCUGUUUUCUGUUCUCCUCUUUCCGUGAAAGGAAACCCCGCACAGGCUAAGCAGCACUUGCGGGCGUGCCCCAAAUAACUAAGGAGUGUUCGAGUUGAAUAUGCAUAUAGACUGAGCAUUAUAAGAUGCACUUUUAAACAUGUUUUUCAUCAUAUGCCUCACAAAACAUACUCUUUUUUGAAAUUGUUGUGGAUUUAUGCCAUUUGUCUUCAAGGUGAGGUUUAUUAAAGAUAAUGAUUCUAAUCUAGAAAUCAGCCACAAAAUGAAAAGCAUAGUUCUUAAAGUUCCUUGGCUCUGCUCAUUUGUAAGUUUGAACCAAGAAAGUUUAACUCUGUUAGUUUGGUAGGAUACUGUAACAUUUUUGAUUUUGGGUUUGCUUUUGUUUUCGGAGAGACACCUUUUGUUUUUUUCCCAAAAAUAAUUAUGGACAUCAUUGAAGUAAAAAUCUUGGGUUUUAACAGGAGAAUUUAACUUUUCCCCACUAUUAUACUGACAUAACUUCAAAAGCAGCAUCACAGCCAUUUCAUUCGACCUGGACACAAACUUUGGUUUAACAAGAGCUCACAGUUCUCUUAAGAGGCCCAUUUGCUUUGUUAGCCUUGGAGCUCACAGUAGGGCAAGUACUUUCCCUAGGGAUCUUCUCAUGUAACUUGGCACACGAAUGCAAACGAGGACUGGGGCGACAGCCUAGACUGGACACCUGCGUUAAGCCAUGAGGAAGUCUCAUGGGGUGGGUUAGCUACCUGGCACCAUCCCUUGUUUGCUAGCUCUGAAUUUUGACCUCAUCUUCUCUGCAAAGUCUGUGCAGUGAUUAAAUCAUGCCAUGUGAUCACUGUGUAGCUCAUUAUUUAAGGAGCUCACAGGUGUGCACCGGAUGUCAGGGGCUCAGUGGUUGCCUUUUGUAUUAAGGGCAGGAGUUAACUGGAACAUUAUUCAAGAGUCCUGUGGUUCAGUUUUUGAUAUACUAAAUAUUUAGUGUGUGUUUGUUUGUAUGCUUCUCGAAAUGUUGGGAUUUCCUGUGAAGAAAACGUGCUCUCACUUUAGUUUUUGCGAUUCAGUGAUUCCAGCUAAUAGUGUCUAAACAGUACUGCAGAAUAUAAAAAUUUUGAUUGUGAUGCAAUAUGUAUAUUAUAUGUAUGUGCCAUUUCCCCAGGAUGGAUGUAUUUAUUAUGGAAACAUAUACUAAUAAAAUAUAAAAUUUUACAU